CACAUGAAUACAGUUUGCUCACCUUACUGUGAUCCUGAUUUUGACAGCCUUCCAGAGAGAAUAUUUGGUCCAGCCUGCAGAGUUACCAUAGACAAUGAAAGCUUAGAAGAUUGCACGAUUGUAAAGAUCGACAGCGUAAAUAGGCAGGGCCUCCUCCUUGAAGUCGUGCAAGCCCUUACGGAUAUGAAUCUCACCAUAUCUAAAGGCUACAUCUCUUCUGAUGCUGGCUGGUUUAUGGAUGUUUUUCAUGUUAAAGAUGAGAUAGGCAAAAAAGUUACUGAUCAAAGGGUUAUCAACUACAUCCAGAAGGCUCUUGGCUCAAACAGUAACACCAGCCCCAAUGCAAAGGCCCGAAGCUCACCGGAGUUGCCUCUCGGUGAUACUAAAGCAAUUGAAAUGACCGGAAAAGAUAGGCCCGGCCUGUUUUCAGAGAUAUCAGCAGCACUAGUAGAUCUUGGUUGCAACAUCAUCGAAGUCCACGCAUGGACCCACAACGCCCGUUUGGCAUGCGUGGCCCACAUCUCAAACCAAUCCACCGACACUCCCAUAGACGAUCACAGGCUCCACGCUAUUGAGGACCACUUGACCACCGUUUUGCGGGCCACCACAGCCAAAGAAGAGAACAGCAGUAAUAACCAGCAGCAAGAAGUGAAGCCCGCGGGCCUUCCCACGGGGGAUUCCAGCACCACCACUAAGGUGGAGCGAAGACUGCACCAGCUCCUGCUUUCUGUGAGGGACUUCGAUGGGCCGCCACCUCAGCAGGCAAGAUUGCCAACGAGGAUUUCAGACAGUGAUGAUGAGGAGAGAAGGGGGGGCUGCCAUGUUUCGAUCGAGAGUUGUGAAGAGAAGGGGUAUUCAAUCGUCACCAUUGAAUGCAAGGACAGGAGAAGGCUCAUGUUUGAUACUGUAUGCACGCUUACGGACAUGCAGUAUGUCAUCUUUCACGCUUCCGUUGAUUCUUGCCGAGGCUAUGCAUAUCAAGAGUACUUUAUAAGACAUGCAGAUGGCUGUGCAUUAAACACAGAGGGCGAGAAAGACAGAGUUGCGAAAUGCUUAGAGGCAGCCAUAGAACGCAGGGUUUGUGAGGGGGUGAGGUUAGAACUGUGUGCAUAUAACAGGGUGGGAUUGCUCUCGGACAUAACACGGGUACUAAGGGAAAACGGGCUUGCAGUAGUAAGAGCAGAUGUGGCGACACAAGGAGAGAAGUCGGUGAAUGCUUUCUAUGUGAGGGAUAUUUCAGGUAAUAAUGUAGACUUGGACUUCAUCAAGUCUAUCAAGACAGAAGUUGGUGCAAUUGAUCUUGAAGUGAUGGAAUAUACAACCGAUCAUUCUCAACCAAUUACACCUACUUCUAUGUCUAUCGGUGAGAGAUUGAAGUUUCAGAUCGAACGCCUCUCCCACGGCUUCGUUGCCAUGUAAAUAGAUGAUGCACAGCUGCUUUUUUUCUGCUUUCUUUUUGUACAGUUUGAAUAAUUUUUAUAAUGUACAUAGAUAAUCUUAUUAGCUAGUAUUAUGUAUAUAGAUUUUUGCUAUCGCAAAAAUAUCGAACUUUGUAAAUCAUGUGAACAAAGACAACUAGUUACAAAACUUGCUUACCUUUGGAUACAAAAGAAUACAGGGCAGUAUACAAGUACAGCAUCAACAUUCGA